UUUCAAACUUCAAAUUUCAAUGUUCAAAGUUCAACUAAACGUGCAGUGGGGUGUGGCGAGCACUGAAGAGUUAAUAGAGUGAACUUCCCGGUCCUUUUCAUCUUCGUCGGAAUGCAGGAUUCAAAAUCAUUUGGAAUAAAGCAAGAAGGGUAUCAUAAUCCUUCAUCCAUCAUGAAAACAGAGGAAUUCUCGCUCCGACGCAGCAAAGUGAAGCAAGCAUUGAUGAUAUUUCGGAACUUGUUUUCAAAACUCUUUAGCGAGUACAAAACAGAUCACUAUGAUAAUGUGAAAGCAAAAUUUAAAGCUUUGAAUGAUGCUGCAAUGUUGAUGCAGAGGAAGCAUCAAUGGGUGAACUGCCAAAAACGGGUGGGGCAUGUCCCCGGGAUUGAAGUUGGAGACCGAUUUCAGUAUAGGAAUGAACUCAAUGUUGUCGGCCUCCAUCGCCAGUUUGUCAAUGGAAUCGAUUACGUGGGGAAGGGCAAGAACUCUUUAGCCACAAGCAUUGUUGUAACCAAUCGCUACGAUAAUGCUAGAAAUCAUGGUGGUUCAUUGGUUUAUAGUGGUCAUGGAUGGAAUCCUAAUGUGAAAGGUGGAUCUAUGCCCCGUGAUCAAAAGUUGGCCGGCGGAAAUCUUGCUUUGAAGAAUAGCAUGGAUGCUAAGAGUCCCGUGCGGGUUAUAUUGAAGGUUGAUGGAAAAUCUGGUGGAGGCAUAGAGAAGAAAACCAAUGAUAAAUUCUCAUAUAUAUAUGAUGGAUUGUAUUUUGUUGAGAAGAUGAUACAAGAAAGAGGAACUCAUGGGAAACUUGUAUUCAAGUUUUUGUUGAACAAACUUGAAGAACCUUCAACUUGUGUUCCCCCCAAGGAUGAGGUUAUCAAGAAUGUCAACAAAUUUGGGCAACUUGAUAUUUUCACUUUGAGGAAAAGGCUCAAAACUAAAGGUUGUGCAACUAAAAAUGAUGUUAUUAUCAUGAAUGAUAUCUCUAACGGACAAGAGAAGUUUCCUAUUCGAGUCGUUGCAUCAACUGAUGGUAUUAAAAGGCCUCCAUCUUUUGAUUACAUAGUAAACAACAUUUAUGUUGAUAGCUUCGAGAAGCCAAUGUUAUGUGGUUGUGACUGCGUAAAUGGAUGUGUGGAUUGGGAGAAAUGUAUCUGUGUUUUUAAGAAUGGUGGAACAAUACCAUAUGACUCUAAGAAAAGGCUUGCUUCUGGAUUGGAAUCACGUGUUAUAUACGAGUGCGGCUCUUCUUGCAAGUGUUCCUCGUCUUGCUCCAACCGAUUAAGUCAACAUGGCCUUCAAUUCCAACUUGAAAUCUUCAACUCCGAAUCAAAGGGCUGGGGUGUUAGAACGCGCUCUUUCAUUCCUGCUGGAAGCUUUGUUUGUGAGUACAUUGGUGAAGUCCAUCAUCAUAGAGAAGCUGGAUCUAGGCAAAAAGUUGAUAGUUAUGUUGUAACUAUGGUUGUUGAAAAGUGUUUCAUUGAUGCUGCAAGACGGGGAAACAUUGGAAGAUUCAUAAACCAUAGCUGUUCUCCUAAUCUUCAAGUCAUGGAGGUUAUGUAUGAUGACAAUGAUAAGAACCUUCCCCAUAAAAUCUUUUUUGCAUUACAGGACAUACCUGCUGGAAGAGAGCUGAGUUUUGAUUACAACAUCUGCAAGCCAAGGGUUAUCGGGACUGGCAGCAACAUUUGCCAAUGUGGUUCGCCCAAAUGCGUUGGGCGAAUUUACGUUUAAAGGUAUCAACACCAUCCUUUUUGGUGUAUGGUGAUAGAAAAUUAGGUUGCUAGAAGUUUAACAUUAGAUGAUAGUUUAACUAAUUAGAUGGUUUUAAAAGAAGUGGUUAUAGUUCUUACCAUGUAAAGAAAGCUGUAGUAGCUAUUAAAAUAGUUCUAGAGUCAUGGCAAUGCUAGCUUGUGUGAGUAUCUGCUCUAGUAGAUUUUGGAAUAGAACUCAAUUCUAUGAUAAUAGUUGUUAGUUCCUGUAUAUGUUAAAUGGAAACUGACUUAAAUAGUAGACUAUCCAUUAUGAUGUGUGUGUAUCCAUGUUUUGCAUUCACUAUC